AAAAUCAAAUGAAAAAAUUAAACUAAACCCUUCCAUUGCUGAUUUCUUGCAGUGUUAGGGUUUAUCUUUCUCCUCUUCUUCUUUGCUGUUCUCUCCUCUAACAAUGGCCGAUAUCAGUUCCGUCGAUGCUUCUUUGUGGUGGGACUCGUUCACCGUGCUCCUCACCGAGCUUGAGAAUUCCUCUCUGACCUCAGAUCUCCCACCUAACUUGGCGAAGAAGUUGAAGGACAACCAUGCCUGGUUCGUAGACACACUGUCGCGCUUCAAACCGCCCAAUCAGAGUUCCAAGGAAGCUCUGAAUUCAAAAACUCUGAAAAUUGGAUCUCACCAGCUCAGUGUUCAGCCUCACCUGAAAGAUAAAGCGUUGCAGAUUAGCUCCAUCCUGCUACUAGACGAGGUUCAAUCAUACAUUUUUGUUGAAAGGUCCAUCAAACAUAACGAUGCAGUUGCUGAUUCCAUGGCUCCGGAGUUUCUUCACAUGAUGUUAAUUCAAUAUUACAAGGAGCGACAGUGCUUGCUAAAGUGCAUCAGGUGGAUUCUCAUGCAUGCUAUACAUAAUGGUCCUGUGUCUGAAGAUAAUACUAUGAAGGAGGAGGCAAGAAAAUUGUUUCAUGAUGGUCUUGAAAGUAAAUUAAUAUUAUUCUUUGACAAUCUUCUGUCCUGUAGCUACCCAGAACAAAUGGAUGUUGAGCUUUUUACACUGUGGGCUGAGGAGACUCUAAUUGAAGACAACUUGGUCUUAGACAUCCUUUUCCUGGCAUAUUAUGACUCAUUAUGUACCUGUAGCGGGGAAAUGUGGAAGAAGUUUGGUGCUCUUUACAAGGGGAUCUUAGCUGGUGAUUAUAACUUGGGAAAGCUAGCAAUUACUGCAGAAACACAACAAUUGUCUUAUCAUGCUAAAGUUCAGCUGCUGCUUAUUUUAAUUGAAACCCUGAACCUGGAGAAUGUUCUUCAAAUGGUUCAUGAUGAAGUACCAUAUAGGAAAGGCAAGUCUACUUUUUCCAUGACCGAUGUCCAAGAGAUGGAUGCACUAGUUUCUACUUUCAAUGCUUUUGAAAUGAAUGAAGCGGGUCCUCUAGUUCUAGCUUGGGCAGUAUUUCUCUAUCUGCUUUUGACACUUCUGGAAAAAGAUGAAAACAAUGACCUAAUGGAGAUUGAUCACAUUAGUUAUGUCCGUCAAGCCUUUGAAGCUGGAUCGCUGGGAUAUUGUCUUGAAAUUCUGGAAUGUGACAUUUUGAAAGAUUAUGAUGGCCCAAUGUGUGGAUAUCGCAGUGUUUUGAGGACAUUCAUUUCUGCAUUCAUUGCAUCUUAUGAAAUCAACCUUCAGCCUGAUGACGGUAACCCCACUCUAAUACUGGAUAUUCUAUGCAAGAUUUAUCGUGGAGAGGAAUCAUUAUGUAUUCAGUUUUGGGACAAGGAAAGUUUUAUUGAUGGUCCAAUUCGGUCUCUUCUUUGCAACCUAGAGAGUGAGUUCCCUUUCAGGACUGUUGAACUUGUUCAACUCCUGUCAUCCCUUGGUGAAGGAACUUGGCCAGCGGAGUGUGUGUAUAACUUUCUAAAUAGGUCUCUUGGUAUAUCAUCUUUGUUUGAGAUUAAUGGUGAUUCACAGAUAGUUGAAGCACAACAGGUAGUGCAAGUUCCUGGGGUUCAAGGUCUCUUUAUUCCGGCUGGAACUCGUGGUCGUGUCUUGAGAGUUGUUGGAGAGAAUACUGCCCUUGUUCGAUGGGAGUAUACAUCAUCUGGAAUAUUCGUAUUACUCUUACAUUUGGCCCAAGAAAUGUAUUUGGAUAACAAGGAUGAAGUUGCUGUUACACUUGACCUGCUUAGUAGAUUGGUGUCCUUUAAUACUGGUAUUUGCUUUGCUGUGAUGGACAUCAGCAACUCUUUGCAAUUUGAUGCUGUUGGCUUGAUGAAUGAGCAGGUUGAAAAGAGGGUCUGGGUGGUUGAGAUAAUUUGCAAUUUAAUUAAAAAACUGCCUCUGAAUUCAGGUGGUGCUGCACUUAUGUCAAUGGGUAUCAAGAUUUUAUCCAUUAUGUUGAUUUGUUCUCCAUCUAACGUUGCAGCGGCUACUCUAAAUGCAAACCUGUUUGAUAUGACUUUGCAGACACCUGUGUUGAAUGUAGGAAGUAAUGGCUUAUCAAGGUAAAGCCCUAUUAUUAAAAUAACAUGCAUAUACUAAUUUUCCCUUUUUUUAUCUUUUAUUGUAUGGCUCGACGUUUUCAUAUAUAUUUUUCUGGUUGUGUGUA